AAAAGGCAAAAACGGAAACCUUAAACCCUAUCGUCCGAUGAUAAACCCCGUCCGACUUCUCUCCGUCGCUCUGCUCUCCGCCCACUGAAACCAUUCCUCUCUCUUCUUCUUCAGCUUCUUCAAUGGCAGCAAACUGAACCAGAAUCGGAAGAUGUCAGCUUCGAAGCUCCUCCUCGCCGGGACAGGUCUCCUGCGCGUCCACAAAGACCUCACCUUUCUUCCGCUGAUUCCCCUCCCAAAACCCUCCUUCUCCCAAUCCAUCCGGUUCCGCGGUGUCUGCUCGUCCGUCGCCGUCGAGUCAGUAGCCGCUGACAGCUCCGAGCUCUCGCAGCAGCCGCCUCCUCUCCUCCACCCCUGGCCAGAAUGGGUGACCUUCGUGGACCGUCUGAAGACCAACGGCUACCUCAUCGAAUCCCCUGUCAAGGAGGACGGGACUGAUGGAGCCGGCGAUUUUAUCUACAGGGAGAUGAAUCUGUUGAAGGACCCGUGCCUUAGCUUUGCUCGAGACCGCUACGACCUUUUCAACUCGCUGUCGUCCGAAGACAUUCAGGCGGUCGUGGAGGUCGGGUGCCCUAACAUCUUACGCAAAGUUGUUAACUCGGCGAAGAGGCUUCGAGCCCACCUGGAACUCGAAGAAGGAGAUGUUUGUGGUUCUUGCAACCUGCGAGGUUCUUGUGACAGAGCUUAUGUGGUACCAAAGGACUCCGAACCUCCUCGUACUGUAGAUGUUGUGCGGUUAUUAAUGUUCUAUGCUAUGGAUCCACUGGUGAUUUCAGGGGGCGAGAAGCCUCCGAGCAGAGAGUUGGCCGAAUCGUGUGUCAGGAAGUUGAUCUCUAAGCUGGUCGAAUUGAGCGAGAGUACCCCUAGCCCCCCACCCCCAAAGCAAACUGCAAGAGCUCCCCUUCCAGAGAAAAAAGCGGUGGAAAAUUUCAGCGAUAAUGUGUCUAAUGACAUUAAGAUGCAGAGUGGCGAUUGGACGUGCACCAACUGCAAUUUUUUGAAUUUCAAGAAAAAUCGCCAGUGCCUAAAAUGCAGAGUAGAUCGCCCUGUAAAUGUUGGUGUUCAAAUGAAGGACGGAGAUUGGGUCUGUUCCAAAUGCAACUUCGUGAAUUUCGCUAGAAACAGACGGUGUCGUGAGUGCAGUGCAGAUGGCCCGGUGAGGGAGGGUGAUAAUGUUGAAAUGAAGAAUGGAGAUUGGAAUUGCCUGCAGUGUAACUUCAUGAACUUUGCACGCAACAAGAUGUGUAAGAGCUGCAGGGCACCCCGUCCAGUGAGGCAGUUGAAUCCCGGGGAGUGGGAAUGCCCCUCAUGUGACUUCUUGAACUUCAGAAAGAAUGAGGCAUGUCGAAAAUGCAAGUCCAAACGCCCCAGACAAGAUGAAAGAGAGUAUGAAGAGCAGCUAUGGAGGAGCCCUUACUAAGCCAGAUUCUUUAAGAAACGCCCGAAGUUCGAUGAAACCGUCGAGAUCUAGAAACUGAUUGUACUCUUCAUAUACGGUACUAUGCCAUGGACUGGAAGAAGUCGGAUUCUAGACGAUGCUUUGUUUUGCUUUUAUCAUGUAUCGUAAUUUUGUUCCCGUGUCAUGGCGAGUCCCCUUAGGACCACUAUACGGACGCGAUAAUCAUUCCUUCUCAUACCUCUUGGCUCAUGUAAGUAGGUUUGUUGGUUGAUCACGAUACAAUUUUUUUUAUCCUUGAAGUUAAUCUGCUCCUGGGGUACAUUUUUUUUGUGACAAAUGGGUUCCUCUUAUGGGCCAAAAAGUUGAAAUGUAGGUGAGUUCUGAAUAUUUUA